AUGGUUCGAGUCUCAUCACUUUUCGUUUCGACGAUCAUCUGGUGUUUGAUGUUGGCACCUUCCAUUACUACAAGCGCAUCGUCUUCGGGCAUCUUCAGCUGUUCCAACGACGACGUUUCGGCGCAACAACAAGUCAAUGCCAAUGGAUGUGCUUGCUUCAGCGAACAGAUUGAACUACGAGAAGCCGUCGAUCAGUUCAUCAGCGAAGGUUGUUCUGACACCAACAACUGCAACAACUGGGUCGUGCAAAAGUAUGGUUGGCCUAUGGGAUCCUGGUGUGUUUCUUCCGUCACCAACAUGAUGGAAUUAUUUGCGGAGAUGAGUUAUAUGUUUACUGGAUCAUUUGACUUCAAUGAUGAGAUUUCAUCAUGGGAUGUUUCAUCCGUUACAAAUAUGGAAUCCAUGUUCUACAAGGCCACAUCUUUCAAUCAAGACUUGUCAUCGUGGGACGUCUCUUCCGUUACAAACAUGCGACAGAUGUUCGACGAGGCAACAUCGUUCAAUGGCGACAUUUCAUCAUGGGAUGUUUCUUCUGUCCUAGACAUGCAAUACAUGUUCAACCAGGCAUCAUCGUUCAGCGGAGACUUGUCAUCAUGGGAUGUUUCAUCCGUUACAGAUAUGGCAGCCAUGUUCUACGAGGCACCAUUGUUCAACGGAGACUUGUCAUUGUGGGAUGUUUCUUCUGUAUCUAACAUGGGGUCCAUGUUCUUCUAUGCGUCAUCCUUCAAUCAAGACUUGUCAUCAUGGGAUGUCUCUUCUGUCAUUACCACAGGGAACAUGUUCAGCGGGGCAUCAUCCUUCAAUCAAGACUUGUCAUCCUGGAAUGUUUCAUCGGUUACAAAUAUGGAAUCCAUGUUCCACAAGGCCAAAUCUUUCAAUCAAGACUUGUCAUCAUGGGACGUCUCCUCCAUCGUCAGCACAUUUUCAAUGUUCGAUGGCGCAUCAUCCUUCGAUCAAGAUUUGUCAUCAUGGAAUGUUUCUUCCGUUACAAAUAUGGAAUCCAUGUUCUACCAGGCCACAUCUUUUAACCAAGACUUGUCAUCGUGGGACGUCUCUUCCGUUACAAACAUGCGACGGACGUUCAACGAGGCAACAUCGUUCAAUGGCGACAUUUCAUCAUGGAAUGUUUCUUCCGUCACAGACAUGCUAUCCAUGUUCAUCGAUGCAUCAUCGUUCAAUGGAGAUUUGUCAUUAUGGGACGUUUCUUCUGUAACUGACAUGGCCUUCAUGUUCUACGGUGCCACAUCUUUCAAUCAAGACUUGUCUUCAUGGGAUGUGUCAUCUGUUACAGAUAUGACAUUAAUGUUCUACCGGGCCAUGUCCUUUGACCAAGACUUGUCGUCCUGGAAUGUUACGAAAGUCACGAGGGCGGAGAGAAUAUUUGACAGAACUGUUGCUCUCGAUGAAUCUAUCGUUUGCCAGUGGAGUGAUGCUUGGAAGAGACUUUUCAAGUGCAGUGCAAGUCCAACCAAUGCUCCAUCAAAUACACCAAUUUCAACAAUAAGCGCAAGCUUUAGCCCAACCGAUGCCCCGCCAACAAUUCCAACAACAAGUGGAAGCACAAAUCCAACCAAUGCCCCGGCAUCAGAUAGUACAGCAAUUCCAACAAUAAAUGGAAGCACAAAUCCAACCAAUGUUCCGUUAUCGGAUACUACACCACUUCCAGCAAUAAGUGGAAGCACAAGCCCAACCAAUGUCCCGAUAUGGGAUCCUACACCACUUCCAACAAUAAGUGGAAGCACAAGUCCAACCAAUGCCUCUAUAUGGGAUACUACACCAAUUCCAACACCUUUGCGACCGGAAGAUUCAAGCGCAACGAAUUCGAAAUCUUUGUGUGUACCGGUCCAUUUGCUGUUGCUCCUCCUGCUGGGUUUUCAGGCAUACUAA